AUGAGUUGGUAUAAGAAAGAAGCGUCAUCUCCAAAAGUACUGCUGCUGAUUGAAUCUUAUGUACAGGUACCUAGCUCAUCACCAAUUAACAUUAAAUCUUCUCCAAGCAAAAACCACAGAGAUCUACAACCACCAAGCAGAUUGCAAUUAGACAGCAACAGCAUGGACGAGGAAGAAAAGCAGCGUAAACUUGAAGCCAAAAGACAGGCCAUUAGGAGCCACCAUGACUUCCCUGUAGUUCGUAGGAAAUUCUAUUAUUUACAAGAAAGUGAUAUUUUCAAAGGUUUCGUGAAGGGUAAAGGUAACUUAAGAGACGUUACUCAAUGGUUGACCGAUAAUUAUGAUAAGGAAGAUAUUUUGAGCAAAAAAGAAGAGGUGAACAGGGCGCUGCGCGAAUCACAAGAGAAAGAAAGAAAGAGGCUCGAAGAAGAGAGAUUCCGUCUUGAGCUAGCGAGUCGAGAGAGAUUAAAUCAGCAACUAGAAGAUACUGGUGUCAAUAGUUCCGAUGUAGAAGAUAGAACCAACAACAAUAUUAAUGGCCAUAACUCAGACUCUGAGAUGCUGCCUGUGAAAAUUGUUCGUGGCAAGGCAAGAGUGAAGCUGAUAGAUUCUUCACAGCCUAAUGGAGACUCAGAAUCACCAGCUACAUCUGAAAAUAAAGAAGAUGAAUCAACAAACGUAAACAUUUCGAAACCCAGGGUCUCAAUUCUAGACAAGUACAAGUAUAAGCCGAAAUCUGGUUUGACUCAAUCCAGGCUCGAUAGUUUAUUCAAGUCAUCGUCAACCGGUUCUUCAGAAGUGAAACCCCAGAAGAAGAGGAGACUCGUUCGUGCUUCGGAUGCAAAUGGUACCGAGUCUGAGAGCAAUAAUGAUUCUGGUUCUGUGACCCCAAUAACUUCAACAAUGCACACACCUCCAGUGCCAUUAUCGCAGCUGUCUUCCUCCACUGCACUUCACAAAUCCUUGGGGCACGAUACAAUUCCAAAAUUGAAGUUAAAAUUGCAAGAUUUCGUUCACCCCAAUUUCCAAGGUAAGGUUGAUGUAGAUGAUGAUGAGGAAGACAAUGGUAUAGUUGCAGAUGACGAUUUGGAAAGACUUGAAGAAAAGAUCAGAGAGAAUAGGAAAUUGGCGAAGGCAAGAAGAGGUGGAGCAGCCGUAGCCGCCGACGAUGACGAAGAAGAAGAGGAUUUAGAUGAUGAGAUGGAAUUAGAAGAUGAUGAGCUCAGUGAUGGAUUAUCACAGGAAGAAGAAGAUGAACAUUAUGGUGGCUUGACUAGUAUUGAUUCACAAAUUUUGGAAUUCUUAAAUGAUGCUCCAAAACAAGAUAUUGUUGAAAUAUGUCAAGUACCUCCAGACGUAGCCGACGUUAUUAUAUCGAAGAGACCCUUUGAAAACAUUUAUGCUAUAGCCGAGGAAAAGUUUGAUCAACUGACUCCACCACCAGAUGAUAAUGCUGGUGUCAAAAAGAGAAGACAGAAUAUGAGAAAACCUCUCGGACAAAAGAUCAUCGAACUUACUGAGAAGAGCUUGAAAGGAUACAAGGCAGUGGAUUCAUUGAUUAAGAAGUGUUCUGAAUAUGGAGACCUUAUCACCAAGCAAAUGGAGACUUGGGGAGUUACUGUAACAGGAGAAGGAGAAUUAGAGGUCGUCGAAUUACCGAACACUCAAGAUGGAACGGAUGUGAUUGAAAUCAAUAAUGAGGAUGAUGACGAGGAUGAUGACGAAAUAAAAGUUGUCAGCCAUACAAAUAAAAGCAAAAAAUUACGAUACUAUGAUGAAAAACCUUCCUUGCUUUCCUCCGAUAUUGAACUUAAAAACUAUCAACAAGUAGGUAUCAAUUGGCUCAACUUACUUUAUCAAAAUAAACUUUCUUGUAUAUUGGCCGAUGAAAUGGGAUUGGGUAAAACUUGUCAAGUUAUCUCGUUUAUGGCAUUGCUCAAAGAGAUUUCACAAACUAAAGAUAUAUCUGAGAGAAAGAAGAGAACCUGUCAUUUAGUAGUUGUUCCUGCGUCAACUCUUGAGAAUUGGAUGAGAGAAUUUCAAAAGUUUUGUCCUGAUAUAAUGGUUCAAGCUUAUUACGGUAGUCAAAGAGAAAGAGAAGAGCUCAGAUACGAAUUGCAGGAUCAAGAAUUUGAUGUGUUGGUAACGACAUACAAUUUAGCUACAGGUGCUGCACCAGAUUUUAAGUUUUUAAGAAGUCAACCAUUUGAUAUGAUUGUUUAUGAUGAAGGGCACAUGUUGAAAAAUUCAACUUCGGAAAGAUACACUAAACUUAUGAGAUUGAAGGCCAACUUUAGACUAUUAUUGACUGGUACUCCAUUGCAAAAUAAUUUAAAAGAAUUAGUUUCAUUAUUGGCCUUUAUGUUGCCUGGCUUGUUCAGCGACAAGAAGGAAGAUUUGGAAGGUUUAUUCAACCAAAAGAUUAGUACCAAUGAUACUCACAAAGACUACAAUCCUUUACUUUCACAACAAGCCAUUACAAAGGCCAAGACCAUGAUGACACCUUUUGUAUUGAGACGUAAGAAGGAUCAGGUUUUGAAGCACCUUCCUGCCAAGACUCAUAAAAUCGAAUAUUGCGACCUAAGUAAGUCACAAAAGAGUAUUUACACUGAAUACAUGAAACAAGCUAAAAGCACUAGACUGGAAAGGGAAAGAAGAAAACUAUUAUCACCCAAAGAGUUAGUUGCCAUUAAUAAGCUGGAUCCAAUUCCUUCUUCUACUAAUGUUAUGAUGUCAUUAAGAAAAGCAUCAUUGCACCCACUUUUGUUCAGAAAGAUAUAUGAUGAAAAGAAAUUGAAAAUAAUGAGUAAAGCUAUUAUGGAAGAGCCCGAAUAUGUCGAAGCCAAUCAACAGUUCAUAUACGAGGAUAUGUGCGUUAUGUCAGAUUAUGAAUUGAACAAUUUGUGUAAAAAAUUUCCUCAUACCCUUUCAAAGUAUGUGUUAGAAAGGAAACAUUGGUUUGAAAGUGGUAAAGUCAUCAAGGCUCUUGAAAUAGUCACUUCAGUAAUGGAAAAGAAGAAUAAAGUAUUGAUCUUUUCUUUAUUUACUCAAAUGCUAGAUAUCCUUGAAACUGCAUUGUCAUUCAAGAAGAUCAAGUUUCUCAGACUUGAUGGGCAGACAUCAGUUGAAUUGCGUCAGGAUAUAAUUGACCAGUUCUACGAUGAUGAUCUGAUUCCAGUGUUCUUGUUGAGUACUAAGGCAGGUGGGUUUGGGAUCAACUUGGUAGUUGCAAACAACGUCAUAAUAUUCGAUCAAUCGUUUAACCCACACGACGACAGACAAGCUGAAGAUAGAGCACAUAGAGUGGGGCAAGAGAAGGAAGUGUUAGUAACUAAAUUAAUUACAAGGAACACUAUAGAAGAAAAUAUGUUGCAGUUAGCUCAAAACAAGUUGGCCUUGGAUCAGAGUAUAAGUUCAGAAGAUGGCAAUGAGAAGCAGUUUGAAGAGAAGGCGGCCUCGUUAUUCGAAAAGAUAUUAUUCAGUGAUGACUCCAAGCAAAGUACACCAAUAUAG